UUUUAUUGUUAAUUUAAUAUGGCAACUAACAAUCUUCCAACAUUUUACCCAGGGUAGUAAUAAAUGGGAAAUUUAUAACCAUCCCAAUACUAAUAACAAGGAGGUGUAGAAUAUUGUAUAUAAAAGUAGGAGGAAUCUAUUAAGGUAAUCAAGGUGUUACAUAAGGAUUUGGAUCUGCCCCAGUUUCUUAAUAAAAUCAAUAAUACUUAUAUGGAAAUUGUACUAAAUAUUAAAUAUUAUAGAAUAUGGAUUGAAUAAUAACAAUUAAGGUGUUCCAUCUUAUUAGACUCCUUAAAGAAUGGCAUCUUAAAGAGUGAUGCAAUAAUCCCCAUAAACAAUGACAUCUCCAAUAAUAUAAUAAUAAGCACCAAUGAUUUAAUAAUAAGUUCCUAUUAUCUAAUAACAAUAAGCACCAAUAAUUUAAUAAUAUUAAGCUCCAAUAAUAUAAUAAUAAUAAGUUUAAUAAACGGUGUAAUAAUAUUAACCAUCAGUCAGUAUAAGAAUAAUAAUAUGAAAAAUAGUUCAUAAUGUGGAACAUGUACCAGUGAUUCAUGAACUUCAUCAUGUUAAUCGUCCAAUAAAUGUUGUUUCAGUUGAUGAGAUUGAAGGUCCUUGGAGAAGCAAAGUAUUACUUUUAGAGAAAUAAUUAAUUGAAUUGCAAUUAAUGUUAAAGAAGGGACCUGUUAAAUAACUUUAAUCAAAAUAAGUUGUUGUUGAAGAUGAAGGAAAGGUAUAAUGAAUAUAUAUAUUGAUAAGAUAAGAUAAUUAUAAAGUGAAAUAGAAAGAUUAUAAGGAAUUUUAAGAGAGAAUUAGAAAGAGAUAGAAGAAUUAGAAUAAUAAAUAAAUGAGGCUACUUAUAGUUUAGAAAAUGCAGAUGAAUAGGCAGCAUCUUAAGUGGAAGCUUAAUCAUAAGAAUUAGCAAAAUGGAAAAAGAAGUUUUCAGAUUUGAAUAAAUAAUAUCAUGAUAUUGAAGAGGAUAUUACUAUGACGGAAGCAUAGAUUGAAAGUAUUUAGAAAAGAAAAAUGAUUACUUAAACUUCAUCUACAAUUAAGACUACUUCAAAAGUUUAAGGAGUAUAUCUAUUAAUUAAUUAAUUAAUUAGGGUACUUAUGCAGAUGGAGAUGUUAGAAAGAGUGGUUUUAGCAAUAGGAAUUAUUGA